CUCCUACUACUCUCAAUCGCGCUUUUGGCGAGCCUUGCCUCGGCUGAGACCAGUGAUCUAAAUAUACUCUGCAUCAGCGAGUCUCAGCCCAAUCCAAUCCGAAAUACGUACCCAAACGAGGUUACAGGCACAAUCAACGGCACCACAGCAAUAGUGCCGAUACCAUACAGCGUCGCUAGAAGCGUCAUACCUUCCCAGUAUGGCAUCCUAACCAAGGCCUACGAAGAGCUGAUUCCAGGAUUCCCAAAGAACAUGUACCCAGCAGUCUUCCAAGGACUUCUAGAUCACGAUGUCGGAAUGGGCGCUUUGAUCAGGAUCCCAGACUUUCAGCGAGCGGCAUUGAAAUAUCCAUUUGUAGACCGGAUCAAUGACGGUUACUCGAGCUUUGUGUAUUCGGCGCCUCAGCUCAUCACCGCUACAAACGCCAUUGCGCUCGCCGGCAGUGUCAUGUAUGGAGAGACAUAUCCGGGAAAUUUCGAUCCUAAUUGCAAUGCCUAUGCAAGCGAUGGAAGCAAGGACAAGACAUACUUGACAGUCUAUAAAGCCCCUGGAACCAGAGCGCUUGGAUCAAGCCCGAAAUUCGACACGCACUUCCAGACCGUGUCCAAGAUUCCCUACUCACAGCAUGUAUUCGUCAAUAUCACGAACCAGCCGAGCUUCGGCUCCAAAGGCAGCGCUUGCGACAACUACAUAAGUCUUUUCAACACUAGUGUCACGCAAGGCAAAUUUGCGCCUGUACCGGUUAAAGGCACAGUCAAACUCGUACCGCCAUACUAUCCGCAAUCUGCGACUUUGAACGCUUGGGGAUACAGGAUGGACAAUUCCUUCAUCGAGCGAAACAAUGUACCGUGCGAGAAUCUCAAGGGCUACAGCGGGACUGGA